AGCGAUGGGCGUGGCUGAUGAGCAGGUUUGUUUUCCCCCUUUCGUAACCCGGAAGUGCAUCGAGCUGAAGUCACAAAGCACCGCGAUCCUUUGCCUUCGAGGAAUGAGUUCAGCCCGAAGAUGGCGGGAGGAUACGGCGUGAUGUCAGAUGAUGAAACCAUCGAUUAUUCCGUCCACGAGGCAUGGAACGAGGCCACAAACGUCUAUUUGAUUGUGAUUCUCGUCAGCUUUGGACUCUUCAUGUAUGCAAGGAAAAAUAAAAGAAAGAUAAUGAGGAUAUUCACGGUUCCUCAUGCAGCGGAGACGUCAUCCGAGACAAACUUCUACGAUGACGUGAAGAAGAUUCGCCUACGCCAACAACUGGAGAUGUAUUGUAUCGCACGGAAACACGAUCAUCACGGUCAAAGUGACAGCGUCCAGCUUACCGUGGAAUGAGGAGAGCUCUGGUCUCGUGUGUUUGUGUGUGUGUGUAUAUAUA